UCAAAUCUAACUAACAAGAUCCUCCGCUGAGAAGGCAUCUGGGUAUAACAGACAACUGAAGGCGACCUCGGGAGGGUUGAGAAAGAGUGCCCACUCAACGCACCGAGACCACUUCAAGCAACCGAUACUUCAAACACCUGGCGGGGUAACUCCCUGCCUUAACAUUUCUUUACUAGAUUUCAAAGGAAUUGUUAUGACAUCGAUCUGUUGACAACGGACGAAAAUACUUAAGUAUUAAAAAGUUCACGGUGAAGUUUGGAGAGCGAGAACACCUGCUGUUGUUUGAUUUCGCUAUGUCUAAGCCUGCGGAUCACGUUAAACGCCCAAUGAACGCUUUUAUGGUGUGGUCCCGGGCGCAAAGGAGGAAAAUGGCCCAGGAAAACCCUAAAAUGCACAAUUCCGAGAUCAGCAAGAGGCUGGGCGCCGAGUGGAAACUUUUAACAGAAUCUGAAAAGAGACCUUUCAUUGACGAGGCCAAACGGCUCAGAGCACUGCACAUGAAGGAACAUCCGGAUUACAAGUAUCGACCCAGGCGCAAGCCUAAAACAUUGUUAAAGAAAGACAAGUUUGCUUUUCCCAUGCCUUACCUGGCGGAUCAAGAAGGACUCAAGUCGGCCGCCCUGUCCGCUAGCGUUCUGCCAGAUUCCUUGCUCAGCUCGACUGAGAAAGCCAGGCUUUUUUUCCCGCAUGCCACAGCGAACCCAUACUCACUCUUCGAAGCGAGCCACCUGGGCUCCAAAAUGACCGAGAUCGCGCCCACCUCUCUGGCGUCCUUGCAAUAUGCCUCGCCAUUAGCUUACCAAAGCGGAGCGAGCGCUGCUGCGGCGGCUGCGGCUGCUGCGGCGGCCGCCUUCGGUGGGGCACACACUCACAGUCACCCGUCGCCGGGCAAUCCAGGCUACAUGCUACCGUGCAAUUGCACCGGCUGGCCGGCUUCAGGACUGCAGCCCCCUCUCGCCUACAUCCUGCUCCCAGGGAUGAACAAACCUACACUGGAACCCUACCCUGCCUAUGCAACUGCAUUAUGACAAGAAGCAAAAAAAAAGUUUCGUUUGAAAGCAAAACUACGUGUUACAUUUAAAGGAAAAGCAUUCAGUAGCAGAAGCUGGUUUGCCGGCAGCUGUAUGAUGCGGUCAUUUGGAAUGAAUAGCUUCCCAGAUUUCUUUUUCUCAAAUCAUAGCCUCGCAGGAUCUUUUUUUUGGGAAGAAGAGGAGCCACUGUAAUUGUGAUAAUGGAUCACUGAAGCUUCUGCUGCUUGAGCGCCUGUAAUUAUAUAUUUCGAAAUAUGACUUGGAUGAACUGGAGAGAGUACUGCGCUUUCACAUCGGAUCAGGAGGCCACGAAAAGUCAAAGGAAAUACUGUCAAUGUGUAAAAACAGUAUCAGUGGGCGAAUUCCCGAAUGUUUUUACGCAAUUAGAUGCAGUUAACUUUCACUUUUGUUCAUCUGUAAUGUACUUCGGCAAAAUCUAAACUCAAAACAUAUUUAAUCAAAUUGUAAAUGCGUGUAAAGAUAUCACCGUUCCUGUCUAUAGUUGUGCAUACAUCACGAAACACCUGAACAAUGAGCUGAACAACCACCUAGGCAACACUAAGAAGAGACUGUACAUUUGUAAAUACCGUAGGUUUUAUUUUGUGGGUUGCGACCUAAUAUUUCCUUCAUUCAACUUGCCAAAUGAGCGAAUUGUAGAGCUGGAUCCACGCGAAUCGCUACACACGAUGAUAGCAAUUACCGAAAAGUCGAAAGCAGAUUGUAAAAUUGUACAUUUCAGUGUUUUGUUGCAUGUGCAGUGCUCAUUUUCAUAUACUUCCAUCACACGAUCUUUUGCUUGGUCUUCUUGGGUUUGAUGUAAACUUUCUUGAACAUAUAAACGAGCUCCAGAGCAACAAAAUAAACGAUAUGGAGAGGGCGGGAUUGGUUCAGAUGCUGACUGCCUGAUAGUUGUAUUUAUUGCUUAGUUAGACAUUUUGCAUUUUACCCCUCGGAUAUUGGACUAUUUUCUGUCCUUUCGAGUAAUGGUUGCACAUUAAAAUGUAGUAUACGAUCUUAACGAUCAAUAUAAUGUAAUGAUCAAACAAAAAAGUGCAAAUAAGUAGAAUUUUACAUAAAAUACCAAGUGCACUAAAGCUCAUAGAAUAGCUAUUAUAGUUAAAAGUUCUUCACUGUACUGCUAUGUGGGACACAGCGGGCCGACCUCUGACACUGCCAUCUAGUGCUAUUCUUCGUGUUGUUAUUAGUAUUAGUAUUCCGAGUCAUAACAAUUAUUGAAUCUUUUUUUAAUCUCGAAUUUAAAGUGGCACGUCACUUUGACAAUUGGGAAUUAACAUAUGCCUUUGAUCGUCAAUGCGAAAUAUAAUCUGUUUUAAAUCAUAAUUUGAUUUUUAUCAACACAUAAUAUCAAGACGUCAGCAAUUAUAUUAUAAGCAUAAGUGUUAGAUAAAACCUGUGAAUUUUAGUGCGGAGUCUAGCGUUUUGUUUUAUCCCGUUGUUAGUUUCACAAACAGCGAGAAAUAACGCCAUUGCCGUGAAAUUACUUCUUGUUUUUUUUAACUAAGUCCAAAUGAUUUCAAUAUACCUGCUAGGUUGUUUGCUGUUAUGCGUAUUUCAAACGUUGCGUGGUCAUAGCAUGUUAUUUCAUAAAAUAUUGGCGUUUCUGUAACAGAAAAUACUUUUUUAAUUAUGCAUUUUCACGAAUCUUUAUGAAAUUUUAAAAAGUGUAAUAUUUUUGUUUUUAAUUUAAUAGUAGAUGAUGAAUAUUUCUGUAAAUUUUAGCGUCUGAUUUCUACCCUGUUCAUUUCUUGAACAGGGGAUUUUAAUAAAGAAGGAAAUAGAGAGAAAACAAUUAAUUCUUGCAUUGCUCACGCGAUUUGUAUCUGAAUUUCUCAAACGUACUUAGUGCAGGUGGAGGGUAAGGUAUCCUCCAAAGGGUGUCUUUGUUCGUGCUUUGAAUAGAAUUACUUGGAAAUCUAAAUCAAACCAUUGUUAGAUAGUGCAGAAACCUGAUUUAUCACAUUUUUAUAGUGAAUGGGAAAGAAGAUAAAACCACUUUGUUGUCUUUUAAAAAACACUCACCGUUCGCAAAGGGCAGCUCAGUUGAAUACAAUGCUGCUGUUCAGGAAAACAGG